GGCCCCGCGCGCCUCACCCGCCAGCUUUUGCUUGAGCCCGGGAGCGUCCGGGAUGGAGAGCCCAGAGGAGGCGGCGGGCGGUAAGCAGCGCGUCCACUUGCGCCCUGGCUCGCUGCAUGACGCCGAGCCGGCUACGCUGCACCUCCUGCCCUGCGAGGUUCUGGUGAGCCGGCCCGCUCCGGUGGAACGCUUCUUCACGCCCGCGGUGCGCCGCGGUGCCGACGGGCUGCAGGUGUCGUUUCGGGGUCGCAGCCUGCGGGGCGAGGAGGUAGCUGUGCCGCCCGGUUUUUCGGGAUUCGUGAUGGUGACGGAGGAGAUGGGAGAGGGGCCGAUAGAGAAGCUGAACUUCUCGGGGGACGCGGAAGACAAACCGGACGAGGCGCAGGAACCGCUGGAGCGCGACUUCGACCGCUUUAUCGGAGCCACCGGCAGCUUUAGCCACUUCACCCUGUGGGGUCUUGAAACGGUCCCGGGCCCGGAUGCCAAAGUGCACAGGGCCCUGGGUUGGCCCAGCCUCGCUGCAGCGAUUCACGCACAGGUGCCCGAGGACUGAGAGCCAGAGCAUGAAAAUGAAAGCCACAGAUUCCUUCACACCAGUAAGCCAGCAGUAAAUUCACUUUGGAGCCACUGUUUCUAAUCCCAAUAAAUGAGCUCUUCACAACA